AUGAUCAGGACACACUUCUUGCUGUUUUCAGCACUGAUCGUGUGCAGCCUACCUGCUGAGGAAAUCUUUCAGCCAACUCUAGUGCUGGACAUGGCUAAAGUCCUUCUGGAUAAUUACUGCUAUCCUGAAAACCUAGUAGGAAUGCAAGAAGCCAUUGAACAAGCAAUCAAGAGUGGAGAGAUCCUGGACAUCUCAGAUCCAAAAAUGCUGGCCAAUGUCUUGACAGCUGGAGUGCAGGGCGCUCUGAAUGACCCAAGACUGGUGAUUUCCUAUGAGCCAUUACCACAUUCAGGUCCCAAACAAGAAGCUGAAGGUUCCCCUACUCGUGAGCAACUCCUGAGUCUUAUUGAGCAUGUGAUCAUGUAUGACAAGCUGGAGGGCAAUGUUGGCUACCUGAGAAUUGAUUAUAUCAUAGGAGAGGAAGUUGUGCAGAAAGUUGGAGCUUUUCUGGUGGACAAGGUCUGGAAGACACUAAUAGAGACAUCUGCCCUGGUAAUAGAUCUUCGUCACAGCACUGGGGGACAGAUUUCUGGCCUCCCCUUCAUCAUCUCGUAUUUGCAUGAACAAGACAAGAUACUGCAUGUUGAGACUGUAUACAAUCGUCCCUCCAACACCACCACAGAGAUAUGGACACUGCCAAAGGUGUUGGGAGAGAGGUACAGCAAAGACAAGGAUGUCAUUGUUCUGAUCAGCCACCACACCACAGGAGUGGCUGAAGAUGUGGCUUACAUCCUCAAGCACAUGAAUAGAGCUAUCACAGUUGGAGAGAAGACAGCCGGGGGCUCACUGGACAUCCAGAAGCUGCGUAUUGGUCCUUCCAAUUUCUAUAUGAUGGUUCCUGUGUCACGAUCUGUGAGCCCCUUGAGUGGAGGUGGACAGAGCUGGGAAGUGAGUGGGGUGAUGCCAUGUGUGGCUACUGAGGCAGAGCAAGCCUUGCAGAAAUCCUUGGAUAUCCUGGCAGUGCGCAGAGCAGUGCCUGGCACCAUUAGCCACCUCAAAAACAUAUUAAAGGACUAUUACAGCUUAGUGGAGAGAGUGCCAGCGCUACUGCGGCGUCUCACCACCUCUGACUUCUCUUCUGUGCAGUCAUCCGAGGACUUGGCCACCAAACUCAACACUGAGUUGCAGGCCUUAUCUGAUGACCCCCGCCUGAUGGUCCGAGUCAUGAUGCCAGGUGAAGCUGCUGAUUCCCCAGCUGAGAAGCCAGUUGGGAUGGCAGCUGACUUACCUGACAAUGAGCAGCUGCUGCACGCCUUGGUUGAUACCGUCUUCAAGGUGUCAGUGUUGCCAGGCAAUGUUGGCUACAUGCGCUUUGAUGAAUUUGCAGAUGCCUCUGUGCUUGUAAAGCUGGGGCCUUACCUUGUACACAAAGUGUGGGAACCCCUUCAAAAUACAGAGAACUUGAUCAUGGACCUACGUUACAACCUUGGAGGCCCUUCCUCCUCUGCUGUGCCUGUGCUUCUCUCCUAUUUUCAAGACCCUGCUGCUGGUCCUGUCCAUCUCUUCACAACUUACGACAGACGCACCAACCAUACACAGGAGCACAACAGCCAGGCAGAACUGCUGGGCCAGUCCUACGGGGCUAAGCGUGGCGUCUACCUGCUCACCAGCCACCACACUGCUACAGCUGCUGAGGAGUUUGCUUACCUCAUGCAGUCCCUGGGCCGUGCCACACUGAUCGGUGAGAUCACAGCAGGAAGCCUCUCACACACCCGUACCUUCCCUCUGCUGCAGCCUGGGCCGGGAAUAACCCGUGGCCUGACUAUCACAGUUCCUGUUAUCACCUUCAUUGACAACCAUGGGGAAAGCUGGAUGGGUGGAGGAGUUGUUCCUGAUGCCAUAGUGUUGGCUGAGGAUGCACUGGAGAAGGCUGAAGAAGUGCUAGCCUUCCACAAGAAUAUGGGAGUACUUCUGGAGGGUACCGGGCAGCUGCUAGAGGACCACUAUGCCAUCCCCGAAGUGGCUGCUAAGGCCAGUGCUAUGCUCAGCACCAAACGGGCCCAAGGAGGUUAUCGAUCAGCUAUAGACUCUGAGACUUUGGCUUCUCAGCUCACCAGUGACUUGCAGGAGGCCUCUGGAGACCAUCGGCUUCACGUCUUCCACAGCCAUGUGGAACCAACCCCAGAAGAACAGCUUCCCAAUGUGAUUCCCAGCCCUGAAGAGCUGAGCUACAUCAUUGAGGCACUCUUCAAAAUUGAGGUAUUGCCAGGCAACCUGGGUUACCUUCGCUUCGAUAUGAUGGCUGAGGCAGAAACGGUGAAGGCCAUUGGGCCACAGCUGUUGCAGAUGGUAUGGAACAAGCUGGUGGACACGGAUGCCAUGAUUAUUGACAUGAGGUACAACACAGGUGGCUACUCCACUGCCAUCCCAAUACUUUGUUCCUACUUCUUUGACCCUGAACCUCGGAAACACCUCUACACUGUCUUCGACCGUAGUACCUCCCGCAGCACAGAGGUGUGGACUCUCCCCCAGCUCGCUGGCAAGAGAUACGGCUCCCUCAAGGACAUCUACAUCCUAACAAGCCAUAUGAGUGGCUCAGCAGCUGAAGCUUUCACUCGCUCUAUGAAGGAUCUACACCGGGCCACAGUUGUUGGUGAGCCCACAGUCGGUGGAUCCCUUUCAGUGGGCAUUUAUCGUGUUGGUAACAGUUCCCUAUAUGCCUCCAUCCCCAGCCAAGUGGUGCUCAGCCCAGUCACUGGAAAAGUGUGGAGUGUGUCUGGGGUGGAGCCACACAUCACCAUCCAGGCCAGUGAAGCCAUGGCUGUAGCUCAGCACAUUGCCAACCUGCGUGCCCAGGUGCCACAGAUACUGCAAACUGUUGGCAAGCUUGUGGCAGAUAAUUAUGCCUUUGUGAACACUGGGACUGUUAUAGCAUCCAACCUCACAAAGAACAUCCACAAAGACAAUUACAAAAGGAUCAAUACAGAGGAAGAUCUUGCUGGGAAGGUGACUGCCAUCUUACAAGCUCUUUCUGAUGAUAAGCACCUGAAAUUACUCUACAUCCCUGAACAUGCCAAGGACAGCAUCCCAGGGAUCAUGCCGAAACAGAUCCCUCCGCCAGAAGUAUUUGAAGAUUUGAUUAAAUUUUCAUUCCACACAAAUGUAUUUGAAAAUAACAUCGGCUAUCUGAGAUUUGAUAUGUUUGGAGACAGUGAACUUCUAACCCAGGUGUCUGACCUAAUGAUAGAGCAUGUUUGGAAGAAAAUUGUUCACACAGAUGCAUUAAUCAUAGACCUGAGGUACAAUAUUGGAGGCUCCACUACACCCAUAGCAAUCCUAUGCUCAUAUUUCUUUGAUGAAGGACACCCAGUUCUCUUGGACAGAGUUUAUGACAGACCCAGUGACUCAGUAAAGGAGAUAUGGACCCAGCCACAGCUCAAAGGGGAGAGGUAUGGCUCUCAGAAGGGGCUGGUAAUCCUUACCAGUGCUGUGACAGCUGGGGCUGCUGAAGAGUUUGUAUACAUAAUGAAGAGACUGAGCAGAGCUCUCAUCAUUGGGGAGCAGACCAGUGGUGGCUGCCAUUCCCCACAGACAUACCAGGUAGAUGAAACCAACUUCUACGUUGUCAUCCCCACCUCCAGAUCAGUCACCUCUGCAGACAGCACCUCCUGGGAAGGGAAAGGAGUCUCUCCUCACAUAGAAACACCAGCUGAAACAGCACUCAUCAAAGCAAAAGAGAUGCUCAGUGCUCACCUACACAGCUCAAGAUAGCCCAUUAGAGGAACACAUCCCUAGUUCAUACGAAAAGAAAGCUAGCUACCCAAAUGUAAACUCUAGAAAGAAGUGGGAGCUUCAUUUCAAUCUCUAUGGUCAGUGAUUGGGUCCCUGUACAUAGCUCAAAGUGACUUCUUUCCAACAUGCUGGGAUUUUUCCCCAUUCUGUGGAACCCAGCUCUUUCUGUGCAUGGUUGAAAUGCUUCAAUAAUUCACUGGGGUUUCUGGAUUCCUCUCCUGUAAUCAAACAUAAAUGUUCAAUGUGUAAGUUUUUUUGAAGUGUAGCUACCAAUCACAGAUCUCCUUUCAUCCCAUAGAAAAUCCCAGUUGUCAGUAUUGAAAGCAUGUGAACAACUUUAAAGACAAGAAAAGGCUCUUCUUCUUUGGAAAUGCUGUAUAUUCCUAUUUAUACGUCUUUAAAAAUGAGCAGUAGUUGGAAGAGUCUGUUUUCUAAACUGCAAGAACCAAAUUAAGUAUUUUCUCCAUUUCAUUAUUUAGAUGUACCAA